UGAAACUAUCCUUAAACAAGGAACAUUGAAGCUAAGUGAUGGUUUGUUUGCCUGCAAACUAGAAGCAGUUACAGUAUUAGCUUGUACAUACUUACGCAAGAACAUGUUAUGUAGCUAGUUGUCGUUAGCUGUAAAGUAUGUUGGUUUGUAGAGGAUAACGUUAUCAGACAGACUUGAACAGAUCGGAAAAGUAAAAAUUCUUUGCCUUUGCUUUUAACUUUAACCAAUAUCGUGUUGAAAAUGAGUGUUUGUUAAAUUUGGUCGUAUGUGUGGGGCUCAGGGCUGCAAGUUACUAGAAUGAGAACAAAAUAUACGUAUAUCUAAAAUAAGAAGAGACAUAUCUGUUGUGGGUGGUUUUUGGUUGCAUUGUGGAACAAACCUGAUUUUCUGUCACUAUUUUCUCAGUCUUCGUGUGUGUGUGUGUGUGUGUGUGUGUGUGUGUGUGUGUGUGUGUGUGUGUGUGUGUGUGUGUGUGUGUGUGUGUGGUUUUAUGUGUGGUGGAUGUGGAUUCUCUACAGUUCUGGGGUGUACAUGGCUUUUAAUGCUUGUGCCAGCAGUAGCAGCGAUGGCUGCGAUCUACUCCGGGAUCCAUCUGAAACUGAAGAGUCCUCAGACUUCAUGGGAGGACAAGUUAAAGCUGGCCCGUUUUGCCUGGAUCUCCCCUCAGUGCCUGCUGCCCAACAAGGAACAGGUGCUUUUGGACUGGUGCACCCACGCCCUAACAGGCCGGUACAAUCAGAAGGUGGAGUUUUCUCAGAAUGUUCUGGAAGGACUGUGGUGUUACCUUGACGAUCUACUUCACAGCCGGAAGCUCCACUCUCUUCUGAAGCAGGGCAAGACCAUCAGCCUGAGGCUCAACAUGGCACAGCUGCUGCUUGACCGUCUCCAGGAGUGUGCACGUGUUGGCUCAAAGUCUCUGGUGUGUGUGUCCACCAUACUGAGUGUGUGUCAGGGCCUUCUCUCUUCUCCUGCACUCUCAUCUGUCUUUACCACCAAGUAUGAACUUACUGCCGAUCUCCUGGCUAAGCUUUGCUCUCUGGCUUGCCGUGAGCUACAACAGCCAUUGCUCACAGAACCCCUAAUGACUGAGUCUGUCACAUGUCAAGAUGAGGUGAUGACUAGCGAUUUGGACAGUACCCAAAUUGAGCCGAUCAUUGAAAGUCCUUCAGAUCAGCCAGAGUUAGUUGCGAAUAAGUCCUCUCCAAAGCCAAAGGAAAACCUCCGUGCAGCUAAUUUGUUUGAGGUGUUGCUUCAGGUGCUGUCAUGUUAUUUGUCAGUUCAGAGACAACAAGCCAAUCCUAAUAGAGUCUUUACUAUGGUAACCAACCAGCUGAUCCAACCUUUAGUACUACUCAGACACAUGCUGACUUCUGGGGAAUUUGCGCCCUCUCACACACAUCUGCGCCUCCGUCACCAGCUGUCCAGAGACAUCCGCCUUAAGAUAGACUCCAUCCUUCACUUGGCUCUUUUCCCUUCUGAGCAUCUGACCUACUACAAGGAGGAGCUCCUUCCAUCUAAAGUGGAUUCUGGGAAACGUGGUCCUGCAGGGGCAAAAGGCCCCUUGAAGCCAGUCAGUGUCAUACUUUCCAAACUGAGUGCUCAGGGCUACUGUGAGGUGCAUCUGCACUACACUGUGAAGUCCAACACAUUGUCUCUGCUGUUUAAGUUCUUUCUGGAAAGCUACGGAAAAGGGAGAGGAGAAAGUGAGGAAGUACACAGGAUGCUGUGUUUCUAUUUCCUCACCAGAUUGGUCCCGGCCUUGGACGUAUGUCUCGAUGAACUCUCACCUGCCAAAGCAGACCAGCCUGUCUCUGUGCCCCCUGGACAGAAGUCUCCCCCAGCCUCCCUUUGUUCGCCAGAGAGCUGGAGCCUGGCUCUGCUGGCUGUGGAGUCCCUGCUAAGCCAGGCGCUGUCAGCUGAUAUUUACAAUGUGGCAGCAGACAGGAUCAGACAUGGAGAGGUCCAACUCAAAUUGUACAGAGCUCUGGGACAAAUGCUCAUUAACCACGCCCAGCCAAGCAUCCCAGCAUGGUACCGCUGUUUAAAGGUGCUGCUGAGUCUCAACCAUCUGAUUCUUGAACCAGACCUGGACCAGCUGUCAUCUUCAGCCUGGGUUAACUCUGAAUGCAUGGAAGCACGAGUGCAACGGGCCAGACAGCUGUUGGCAUGCAGUCUCCUCCAAACUUACACUAAGCUCCGUCAGCUGCCGCGCCUCUUCUCUGAGCUCCUGUCGGUGAUCUGUCAGCCAGCACUGGACAACCUCCGACCUCCUCUGCUGUCUGAGGGCGUCUCUGCCACGCUCAGGACUUGUCUUCUGGACACUCCCCCUUCCCAGGGCCUAGAGAUCUGCUCAUUGGUGUUGGAGAGCAUCAGGAGAUGUAUAUUACCUGACCUUUUGAUGGAGGAAUGGGAGGCAGAGAAGAUGGAGAUUGAUGGUGGAGAUAAUAAAGGGGAGAAUAAAGAAAUGAAGGUGGACCAAGAGAGAGAAGAUGCAUCAAGGAAGCUAUUUUCCCUCAGCCAGCUGCUUCAUGGUGUUUUGUUUAGUCUGAAGACUCUAGACAGCGCUUCUCCUCUUCCCAUAGUCAGGCAGAGUCAGGGUUUGAUGGAGGAGAUGCAACAGGUCGUAAAGGAGUUACUGCUGCUGUUGUUGACGGAGAAGAAGGCUGUAAAAGCAAAUAUAAGUCCAGCUCCAAGGACCCCAAGGAAAGGCAAAAAGAAUUUGGACCACAACGAGUCAGAGAAGGUCUCGGAGUCUAAAAUAGGAGCACUGUGGGAACAGAAGACCCAGGAGGCUGCUCUCCUUCUCAGAUACACCUUGGUGGAAGUCGACACGCUCUUUAAUAUCCACUGCAGCAAAUACACAUCUCUUGACUCUGCCCAGACAGCAGCUGCAAGUAAAACUGAAGACUGUGCUUCAGUCCCAACUUGUAUAGAAAGUCUCCUAUCUGGUGAGAUUGUGCCAGCACGUCUACAACCAUCCUGCAGCCCCAUGAGCUGUUUGCUGCUCAAACUCCUCACUUUGCAACAGAUGAAGAAGGUUUUGUUAGAUACCCCCUUACUCUCUGAACCCAGCACUGCAGCACUGCUAAACAGGGCAGCCCACUUUAUUUUAUCUAAAUCAGAGAUGGAGGUGAGUCCGGAUGGAGAGCAGGUGUGGGACGGGCAGAUAGCGAGUGUGAACGCCAGCUCCUACCUUGUAGCACACUGGUAUAUUGUCACAUCCAAUUUGCCUUUGAUUGCUCCCUACCUGAGCGGCGAAGAUGUGGGCUGCAUAGCAGAUGUACUUGUCAGUUCACUCCUCAGCAGUCAGACCGAUGGAGGAAAGGACCGGCCAGCUGGCUGUCUGACUGUCUCCCUUAUAUCUUCCCAGCUUCUCCAAAGCGCCGUUCUUGCUGAGUUGCCUUCGCUGUUCUCUGCCACAGUUUGUUCCCUCACACAAAGGAUUGUCUGUGUUCUUAAGGCAGCUCAUGUACCCAAUGUGUCUCCUACACUCCUGAAGUUUCAGGAAAAAGGAAUUGGAGCUUACACUUUGGAGAGAGAUGCCGGUCAGCUUCCUCUGUCCACAACUAUAGUUGAAGAUAUAUUGGCAUCCUCAAAGACUGGAGAGAUGUCUGUAUUGCUGACUCACACACAGAGCAAGGAGCUGGUCAACUUACUCCAAAUCUUAACCGAUCUAAACCCAGAUGGGAUGAACUCUGAGGAUCUCUCCUCUAUUUUUCUCCUCCUCUUCUUCACGUUAACCUCCACCUCCAGUCAGUCAGACCAGAAGGCCACAGACCCUCCUGAAUCUGGAGAUGAUGCUCGCUUCCUGGUGAAGCUGCUCAGGAUUCUGACUUGUCUCCUGGAGGGUAGAAACUUCCAAAGUGUUUUGAAGCUCAUCCAUGCUGGUACUCUGCUGCAGGCUUCUGUGUCCUCUCUCAUCUGGCAUAGCAACAAUGGAGGAUUUCAAGCCACAAGCAGCUCUGAUUGGUUAGAUUUAAUCAAAGCAGUGCAGGGCUUCAUCAGGUCUUUGGUCCAGUUGAUUAUAAUCCGAAACAGCAGCGUUCGACUCAACUUAGAACAGUUUGCCUGCUAUCUUACCAGUAAGGAAAUGGCAAGCAUGCAAAUUGUGGCACCCAGUUUAGCAGUUGUGUCAGGUAAACCAGAUCCAGGAGCGUCUGUUUUGUCUGUUCAUCUCCUGCUGGCAUCGCUGACCUCUUUCUCCCAGGCAAUGACGUCUAACCUGGGGAGGAGUAAACCUAUGGAUCAAACUUUGACUCAAAUGCUCACAAGAACGACUGCUGCACUGGGACCAGCUGUCGAGUCCGUCCUAAAGCCCCAGACUGUCAGUCAGUCAGUCAUCCAACCAGCCAGCGUCCUCGGUCAAGCCUUUGUAGUAGAAGUUGUUACUGUCAUGCUGCACUGUGAACUUUCCUCACUGUCAGUGGAGGAUGAGAACAGACCGAAUGACACCCAUCCCACCCUGAGUCACAUGACCCUCUAUCAGGGCUGCUGCCAGCAGAUCCUCAAAGAAAUGAGUUGUGCCCACAGGCCGUUGGACUUCCUGGUUUCUUCUCUCCAGUUCCUGUCUGCUUUCUACAAAGCAGUAGAGAAGACGAGAGGAGAGAGGGAGGAGGAGCAUGGAGAGGAGAAGAAGGGGCGAAAGGAGUUGGAUGAGUUGUACGUGCAGAUACUGCAGAAUGUGCACAGACUUCUGACAGCUUCUUGGCUGUCUGCAAAUGAUGUUUGUGAGCUGGAGCCAGCUGUGCAGGAGCUGCUGCGCCACCUGGUGGAGAAAAGUACUACAGGCCGGUUCAACCUGCUGCUGCUGCUGAUCAGAGAGGGACUUGACACUGGCAAGCUGAGGGCAGGAAGCUACAGGGAGGUGCUAUCUGCAGUUAUCAUCAUUAAGCUGCUGUCCUGUUGUCGGUUACCUGAGCUCUGCUCUAAGGCUCUGUGGCUCAUUGCACCACAGGUUAUAUCUGCUAUGGUGUUCUUAGUAAAAUCGUCCACUCAGGACGUCUCUCUGACCCUUUCCUUUACCGUUCCUACGGUGAUGUCAAUGACAUCACUGCUGCGCCAAGGGGAGGGGCUCAUCACCAACCCUCAUCAUGUCAUCUUGGUCCUUGGAGCACUCCAGUCGAUGCCCCUCGACCACUUGACCCCGUCUGUUUACCAAUCAGCGUUCCUGGCUGUUCAUGAGGCGCUGUUUGCCUUCAUUCAGUGUCAUCCUCAGGUGAUGUUGAACGCCGCUCCGUCAUUCUUAAAUGUCUUCUAUCGUCUGGUGGCGUCAAUCAUGCAGGAGGGUCGGCAGAGAGGAGACAGUGACACAGACAGUGACGUGUAUCUCCAGUGCUCCAGAUUGAUAGAGAGGAUGUACUCUCACAUUGCUGCUACAGCUGAGAGCUUCACCACGCUGUCGGCCUUCAUGGUGGCCCAGUACGUCACAGAGCUGCAGAAGGUUACUUUGCGACCAGACGUUAAGCUGCAUCUAACAGAGGGGAUCUAUCGGAUACUGGACCUGUGUACGGAGCAGGAUAUUAAGUUUCUGACGGCCGGACUGCAGAUGGGAGUCAGGGAGGUGUUCAAUGAGCUGUACAGCAGCUACACCCACUACCACAAAGCACAGAGGCAAGGAGAGGACAAGUACACUGUUUGAGCUGUCACAACAAGCACUCUCAACCUUUUAGUUAAGAUUUCAAUUUAAUUAGAUCAGAAUAAAUGUUCUUUCUGUGGAAAAAUGUGUUUUUAUAUGUAAUUUCUGCUUUUGAAUGGGGACAGCUUGUGGAUAACCUACUAACUAAAAAAUUUAGUUUUUUUUUGUCUCCUGACAGUUUUUUGUUAACGACACAGUUGCACAGCCUGCUAUACACACAGUAACUGGUUAAUAAUUGUUGCAAACACAAAGCCAUCUACAGGUGGAUCACUUUGGUUACACCCUGUAGCUUAAACAUACAGCACAUGGCUGACUGGAGGAAUAGUAGCUGUUCUCAGGAGGCACACAGGGAAACUGUGUGAGGACCUUCUGACACUCUGAUGACGUCAAUACAGGAAGUGGGCACUGUGUUUGAAAAGUGCUUCCUCGUCAGAAAGACCUGUCACUGUAACCCUGACAAAUCAUGUGUAAAAUAUUGUAUAUUUAUUAUUUUAAAAUCAUUUAAUUGAAUUACUGAAGAAAAUAUGGAUUGCGUGAAUUAUACUUACAUCUUUUCUAUGUUGCUGUUUUUUUUUUUUUUUUUUUACCAAAACUCAAUGAUUUAGCCAUGAUUUAACCAUUAGACUGUAACAGUCUGUGGAGUUAACAGGUUAAUUUAAAUACAAUUCUGUCUCAAGCCUGUUUAUUUGCGUCAUUUUGUGCACCGUAUCGUCUUUUUUUUUUUUCAUCCAUAUAUAUUUUGUGUGUAUUUUUGCCUGUUAUCGAUUGAGUACAGUAGAGGAUCAGACACAAACUGUUAAGUGAGAUUAGAGCGGACAAAGCUGGAUUUUAACCUGGGAGAUUGCAGGUAUCCAUCAUUUAGACUGCCAGGUCCACUGUGACCCCCACAGUAUUGUUGUUUUCGCUACAAUAUUUCUAGUAUAGAAGCUGACAAAUAUGGAUGAAUGAACUGUGCUUUUUUUAGAUGCAAAUUAAUAAUUAAAUAAUACAGUCAUAGCUGUGUUUCUGUAAACUAAAGAGGAAAUGAUCAAUCAGAUUUAUGGAAAAUCAAGAGAUUUAAUGGGUUUUUAGGGCCUUUACCUUAUGAAACUCAUGAAGAGACUGACUGAAGAAGAGUUGCUAUUGUUUCUAUCACAACUUAUUUGAACACAUUGAUUUUAAGAAAAACUCCUUUCUGUGGGUGUUUUGUGCUUUAGUUGCAGCAGGGCAACAACCUUUCGCAUUUACUCUACAAGCAUUUGAAAAACAAAAACAAACCUUUUAGUCGGGUGAAGGUAUUAAAAGAGAAUAUGUGUCUAAUGAGCUCUCCUAUUUACUAAUGAAGCAAUAUAAAACCUGUAAAGCUGUGAUUGUGUGACGCCCCAGUAGACACACUGUGGCUAUAAUAGCUGGUUGCUUUAUGUUAGGAUAAGUUGAACUGAAAGUUGUUUUAUUUUGCUUUCAAUGGAUCAACUGAGCUGCUGAUACAAAGGCCGGCAGUAAGUGACCGCACAGGGGUUCAUGCUGCAAAUUCAUCAUUUAAAUUGACAUUUGUGAGCAGUGCUAAAAAGGUUUAAAAAAACAGAUUGACAUUACUACUGUAUGAUGAUCUGGGGCUUUAAUGUACUAAAGUAACUAAGAAUAGAAGUCCACAUAUUUGUCUGACAGUUCAAUGUUGCUGUCUGAUAAAUAUAGUGUUGUUAAAAAAAAAAAAAAAUGAAUAAAG